AUGAUGAGCAAAGAAGCGAUCGAGGAGCGAAGCAGGAAGACCAAGGCGCAGUUCAAGUCGAGCCGGCACUUCUGCUACUGGACGGAAGACACGUACUUCAAGGAGGAAGACGCCGCGGGGAAGCACCAGCGGCGGGGCACCUUGGAGGAGCUGACGACGAAGGCUGCCUUAUCAAAUGCAACUGUGUCUGGGUCUGGAAGACUGCGCGUUUCGUGGGACGGCAGGUUUCUUCGCAUGACCGAGGAGGUUUGGAAUGCGGGCUCUUGCAUCACAAUCUUUUAGAGGGCUCGUCGAUGCCUAUCUUGCAUGAGAAGCGUUGUCUUGAUCGGAUGAUCAAAGACAAAAUUGAGGAGCGCUUUUGCUGGUCAUGCAACACAGAUUUUUCUUGUCGACGAGACCUAGCAUCACAAACUCGGUUUCUUCCAGACCCGCACAUAUUUGCCUUUGAUAUGCGUACGAGCUGUACAAGGAGGUGCCGACCGUGACGGCGGACGACCUGGCGGCGCUGGUGACCAAGAAAAAGGCCGCCGUGGUGGUGUUUUUCGCAACCUGGUGCCCCUUCUGCACGAAGGUGGUGGAAGAAGGCCAGGACGACGACACCCCGGCGCCGUACUCCGAAUUUUGGGGCGAGGUGCACGACGACGACCUGUUGAAGGACAAGCUGGAAGUAGUGAAGUACGACGCUUCGAUAUCCAAGAAAAAAAGGUUGUUAGUGUAAAUUUGUGAUGCGCAACAUGCAAAUUGAUUGCGCCUGUCGUGCUGGGCAUGCAUUGUAGGGUCCAUUCAACGGCGUUUUCCCGUACUAUCUGCGCAUGACAGGUUUUUCCUGUCAUGCGAGAGAUAUUUGUGAUGCUAAUCCUCCAAGAAAGUUACACCCACAAUCUUUUUUUUCUGGAUAUUCGAACACCGAGGACUUGGAAAAGGUGCCGAAGGAGUUCGGGCAGAUCAAGUUUUUUCCAAACGUGAAGGGCCUCACGGCGGACGGCAAGCUGAAAGAGUUUGACAACGACCCGCGCUCUAUCCAAGAGAAAUAUGAUACAUAAUGUCGGGGUCUGGAUAGAAAUGAUUUGACAUCGUCUGUCGUGCAGUUCUUGCAAGUACAUGUAAGUAGGACAGGAGGCCUGGAGUGCAUGCGGAGCAUGACAAAUUCUGCGGAGCAGUGGCUUCACCUGUCUAUAGUCGGCAUGGAUGAGGAACAAUGCGAAUGCCCUCUCUAGCAGACAAAAGUCGCAAGGUUCUUUUGCGGAGCUAUGCAACACAGUUUUUUACCUGUUCCCCGCAUAGUAACAGGUUUACAUCACAGUUUUGCAUCCUGUACUUCCAGACAUCCGGGGAUGAAGAUAUUUCUCAUGCAUACGCUCCUCGGACGAACUCUUCGAGUUCGGCAAGGCAGUGGCGGGCGAGGCCCAGGGCCCGAGCAUGAAGUAUGCUGUGCAAAAGUAUCGUACUCGUAUAAAUGCAUUACAAAUUUCCUCAGCAUGAGAGCUGGACUUUGUCAUGCUGUUUUACCUUAAGGACAAGACUUGUCAUGCAUAAACGCAAUUAGUACGAGUGCGAUACUUGUGCUGAGGAUAUGAAGGUCACCUUGACAAUGACGGGCCGGAAAAUGACGGGCAAAAAGUAAGAACCGGGACGAGGAGAACGUGCGAAGAGGAGCAAUUUAUGUUCCAUGUAACAAGCACGCGAUGUUUCUAAACGAUCCAGGUGCGACUACGUGGCUGAAAUCACGAUUCUGUACGAUGAUUAUUUCCAACAAGAAGCAAUAAAGCGAAUACAAGGGUUGAUUUUUUGGAAGAAAAUUUAAGCUAAGUUUACUGUGUCCGUCGCGUUGAGGAUUGAUUUAUUCUAAAUUGAGACAGGACAUCGGCUAGCACUUAUCGGAGAUUUU